UCUCCGCCGAGGAAGCCUGGGGCCUCUAUCUCUCAUCUCUCUCUGUUGCGAAUCCGAUCAAGGAAAAGGAAAUCGCGGGUGGAUUUGGGAGAGCGAGUCGUGCUGGAAAGCGGGACGCACUGAAACGUCGGAAGCUAUACACCACAGAGAUGUGGCAUCGAAUAUUAAUCCGACAGAACCUUCGCUAAUUAAAAAAUUGCGAAAUUUGAUUGGCUCCCGUUCAUUUCGGUUGGUAAAGAUUCGAAUGCAGGCUCUAUUAUAUAGAGGUUCAAUUGAGUCAUCAAGCUACGCUGGCGGUUAUCUUCAUUAACGGCGACGAAGAGACGUCCUUCCGGCUCUUGGGAGACCAAGAGCAGUCCAUGGACGUCUCUAAGGUGGAAUCUGGUCCGUUCAAAGUACUUGGCGGAGAACACUCUGCGAGCGAAAUCCUCGAUACUGCUCACCAAAUCAGCCAGGAUUCAUGGCUUCAGGUAGCAUUCGUCCUCACCACUGGGGUGAACAGUGCAUAUGUACUGGGAUAUUCCGGUACAGUCAUGGUACCUUUAGGUUGGAUAGGUGGCACAAUUGGCUUGGUUGCAGCAGGGGCAAUGUCAUUGUACGCUAACAUUCUUCUAGCCAGACUACAUGAAGUUGGUGGAAAAAGGCAUAUCAGAUACAGAGAUCUAGCAGGACAUAUAUAUGGUAGGAAGGUUUAUUUUCUCACAUGGGCAUUGCAGUACAUAAAUCUUUUCAUGAUCAACACUGGAUAUAUUAUUUUGGCUGGUCAAGCUUUGAAGGCUAUCUAUAUUCUCUUCAGGGAUGAUCACAUCAUGAAGCUUCCAUACUUUAUUGCAAUUGCUGGAUUUGUUUGUGCCAUGUUUGCUUUCGGCAUACCGCAUUUGUCUGCCUUAAGGAUUUGGCUUGGAUUUUCAACAUUCUUCAGUCUAAUAUAUAUCAUUAUAGGAUUUACACUGUCGCUUAAAGAUGGAUUUGCAUUCUUGGAUAUUGGGGAAGGGAAGUACUGCACUUGGACUAAGGGCACAAAUGGAUUGGAUAUGAAAUUUACAGUAAAAAUUGAAGUAUCUGACAUGAAUCAUGAUACAGCAUACAGCAUCCUUGUACAGCUAUCCAGACAGGCCACAGUUAAACAGCCUGUUGUCAGAAACAUGCAGAAGGCACUCAAAUUACAGUUCACUCUUGGAGUUUUACCAAUGUUUGCUAUUACUUUCAUGGGGUAUUGGGCUUAUGGGUCCACAACAUCAUCCUUUCUCCUCAAUAGUGUGACGGGUCCAGUUUGGGUGAAGAUGAUGGCCAAUAUUGCUGCCUUUUUGCAAACGGUCAUUGCUUUGCACAUAUUUGCGAGUCCAAUGUAUGAAUACUUGGAUACCAAGUAUGGUAGAUCAAAAGGAAGUGCAUUCUCUUUACACAACUUGUCAUUCAGAAUUCUUGUAAGAGGUGGAUACCUAACCAUAAACACACUAGUGGCAGCUUUAAUGCCAUUCCUUGGAGAUUUCAUGAGUCUUACUGGAGCCUUAAGCACAUUCCCUCUCACUUUUAUUCUUUCAAACCACAUGUACCUAAUGGUGAAGAAGAACAAAAUGACAGCAUUGCAGAAGUUCUGGCAUUGGCUGAAUGUUUGCCUUUUCAGCUUCAUGUCUGUUGCUGCAGCAAUUGCAGCCUUGAGGCUCAUCAUGGUAGAUUCUAAAAAUUACCAUCUAUUUGCUGAUAUCUAAAUGUCUCUUAUUCCAACCCCAAACUUCGUAGAAGUUUUAACUGAUUUCAUAUAGUUAAAAGCAUUCCACAUAGAAUUAAGUAUAAUUUUUUCUCUUUUCAUUAUCCAAGGACCUUUGCCAAUAGAAAACAAGUUCACCCAAGUUGUGUUUGAAUUUCACCUUUAUCUAAAUACAUGUUACAUGUAUUAUGUAUUCUGUAUAUUUUUUCCAUUUAUAGUGUCAAGUUCGGGUUUACUCUUCCAGAACUUGUAUUGAAAUGUGCAACAGUUAAUGAAAGAAGGCUGAAAGUUUGCAAUA